AUAACACAGGUAACGAAGUGAUGAGAAGAGAGAAAUGAUAAUUCCUCUGUUGUGACUUUGUGAUGGAGCUUAGUCUCAAGCUGCAAUCUUUUUCAUUCCCUUCGUCAGUUUCAAGUGUUAACAAUGCGAGGUUCUUAAAGACGGUUUCUUUGUUCGAUUUGAAAUCAUCACAACAUAAUAAUGCUAAGAGAUCAUUAACAGUGACUCCUGCUUUAGCUGAAACAGCUGUUUCUAUAGCGAUUGCAGCCACGGUUGUUGGUACUGCAGCAACUAUCCUUGCACGGAGAAGUUCCAAAGCCGCUGAAGAAGCCGAGGCUUCUACGAAAGAAUGUGAAGCUUGUCUCGGUUCGGGAAUCUGUCCUGAAUGCAAAGGUGAAGGAUUUGUACUAAAGAAACUAUCAGAUGCAAAUGCUGAGAAAGCAAGACUUACAGCUAAAAAUAUGGCCACGCGAUAUACGGCCGGGCUUCCCAAGAAAUGGAGCUACUGCACAAAAUGUUCGUCCACACGAUCUUGUAUAACAUGUGGUGGGAGUGGAAAGACAAGCAUCUAGCACCUUACGCAGAGUACACAAGUACGUUUAACUCGUUUUAUUUGGGAACCCAAUUCAAUAUUUUAGCAUAACUUUCUUGUUUUGUUUUAAUUUAUGACAGACUCUGCAAUGUUUGAAAAAUUCUCAUCAAACUUUAGUUUUAUAUUUUCAAGAUUCAUGCGUCA